UCCAAUUGUUGUUAAAUAAAUAAUUAUUUAUGAAUUAACUAGUUUUAGUAGGAAUACGGUUAUAUUGUAGCAGCAUUACAGGAUGGCGACCCUCAUACAGAAGAGUCUUCCGCUGGCCAAAACCAGCACUCCGGCUCUGCAGUUCCUCCGCUUCAGGGGCAAGAUCAACAUUCAGCGGCCCAAGGAGCCGCACUACGAGCGAGCCCGCGUCAUCGCAGUCACCCAUCCAAAGUAUCCGGAGCCACCAAAGGCCAAGAGCUGCUUCCGGACUCGAGCGGAGCGCACGCAGCAGCAGCAGCAGCUGGAGAACCCGUACAACGAGAUCAUCGCACGCGAGGUGCGCAACUGGCUGGACCACUCCCGGCUGGUGGCCAUCUUCCACCUGAACUCGAUCACAGCCGACGAGAUAUUUCGCGUGCGCGUUCAGCUGCACAAGCAGAACCUGCACCUCAAGUCCUACGGCAGCAAGAUCAUCGGCCAGCUCACUCGCCGCACUCGCCAAGGAUUCCUGGCCACCAGCAACAGCUGGGACCAGGAGCCACCGUUAGUCCCCAGCAGCAGCAGCAGCCACAAACAUUGGUGA